CGAACUGCCAUCGUUUCAUAACACUUGCUCAUUCCUCUCAUCACCAUUGCUCUCGCCGGCGAGGGCCACCAGCCUGUCAGUGCUUUCUGCGCGUGCGUGCACAAGAUCAACCGUCCAGAACGCCAAUGCCGCUGCCCGACGAACGGCCACGUCAGAGUGUUGCCAACCUCAUAGGCAGAUUCGAGCAGCAGACUAAGAAGCAGCAGUCCGCGGGGUCUACCGUCUCGCCUCGGUCGUCGAGCGUCGCAUCGCAGCACACUGGAGAUGCCGCUAAGGAGGAGCUGAGGGAGAAGCGGGAAUGGCCCCCAAAGCCCAAAGCCCCCAUCGUUGCGAGCGGGUUCGAGUCUAAGGUGGAGGGUACGACCAAGUCCCCAGAGCCGCCUGCACCUGCACGUUUGCCUGAACCCGAGCCUGAGCCCGCGGCUGCACCUGCUGAACCCGGACCUACCGUUGAGGAGAAAGCUGCAGAGCCGGCUCCUGUGUCCCCUACAAUUCCUGAUAAGGCCGUCUCCCCCACUCCUUCGUCCCCGAAGAAGACCGCGCCUGCGUCCAAGCCCGCGUCCGGACGCCCAUCUACCGCUACUGCGCGUACGCCUGCAACCCCGUCCAAGGCUCGCGAAGGGAGACCAAGCACUGUGAACGCGAAGUCCACCUCAGCGCGCACGCCCGCAAAGUCCCCACCAUCUUCGUACCACCCCGGUCUAUCGACCUCAGCCGUCUCCAUCUCAUCUACGGUGAAGACGGCGGGCUCCGCGAAGGCGACGCCGUCGCGGUCCCGGCCGUCCUCGCGUGCGUCGGUUACGCCUUCGCGGCCGAAGACCCCAUCUUCUACUCGGCCGAAGACGCCUUCCCACACGACGUCCCCGAAGCCGAAGCCGACGCCGUCGUCUGGGCUCUUCGCGCCGACCGCCGCAUCGCUCGCUCGCGCCCGCAACGCUGAUGCUGGGCCGCCUCCCCCCGUGCGGAAGCCCACCGCCUCCAAGGACACGCUGGAGAGGCUGAGCAAGCCCACAGCGGCGAGCAUCUCCAAGGUUCGCGCGCCCACCUUGCCCACCCAUGCUCCGGCCAAUGCGGGGCCUGCGAAGACGACCACUACGACUACGAAGACCACCUCUGCUACGCGUGCGACUCCUCCUGCUCCACGAGAGUCGCAUACUACGCUCAAGCCGAGAGUUGGCCUUGCUGGCGCGAAGCUGAAGGAUGCUAAGGCGAAGGUCGCACCUGCCGCCUCGCCUGGAGCUGCUGCUGCUACUGCUGCUGCUGCUGUACCCCAAGAGGAGCAUCGCGAAGAGGCCGAGCACCAUGAAGAGCUUGGUACGCACGAGCAUGAGGAGUCCGGUGGUACCUUGGUCGACGAGCCCGAGCAUGUGGAGCACCACGAUGAGCCAGAGGAGAUGCACGAGGGCGAGUUCCACGUCGAAGAGCGUCAUGAGGAGGAACAUCAGGACGAGGAGCUCCACGACGAGCAGCACGAAGUCCACGAUGAAGCACCUCAAGCGGAGGAGGAACAUGAACAGGAGCCUGAGCACGAAGAAGAUCCCGUCGCGGAGCCCAAUCCCGUCCCAGAGUCCGAGCCUGUCGAGCACGAGGACUCUACUGGGGAGCACAACGUUGAGGCCGAGGAGCCUCGCGAGGAAGAAGCCGCAGAGUCGCAUACCACCGAGGAUAUAUCCGUUGCAUCCGGAGAGGCGGAGGCGGAAGCUUUUCAUAGCGAGUCCGAGAGCCAUGUCGACACCGAGUCCGACACGGUCGCAGGAUCUGUCGCCGCAGACAAGACGGGCAACGAUCUCGAGGACAUGGUGAAGUUCCUCGAGACUGCCCCUGUAGUCGGCCCGAUCAGCAUGGUCGACAUCCCCGACGAAGUCGCUAGUAUCCCGGACGAGGACUGAAGUCAAAUGGAAACGGGUACAGGGUUCGAUGAGGAUCAAGGUGGGUAGUCUGCCUCCCCAUCGUCGUGAUUGUUGAAUGCAAUAUCGAAUAUCAUUUACAUGUAUGUAUUCUGAAUACAGUGGACCGCAGUCGUUCUCUCUUCCUUUCAACCUGGUUUCCGCGCUUCAUAUGAUACUCGUCAAUCGCUCAUGCUCUAACUUACAGAUCACCCUUAUUUUUCAUCGAUCACCGAACUCUCCUCUAAUGCGUCCUUUCUGAGCCAUCCGAUGCCGCUGAUAUCUGCCACCACAUAGUUCUGCCUGGUACGGUUACAGAUACAUACGCUUUCGUUCUCUCGUACCCUCGCAUCCUCGUAACGAUUCACGAAUCUAUACGUUAGUCUCGCGUUGUUUCUUGAGUCUUAUGCUGGCGCACUCGCACCGUCUCCCUGUUCCGUCGCCACUAGUAUACCAGACGCGUAGCAAUCACAAGAGCAGUGAAACGGGAUCACAAGUAUUGUUCAUAGCUUCCAUUAUGACGCCUGCGUUGACCAUUGACCCCG